UCUCCCAGCAUCCCUUACUAUUGGCUCUGCUGGGAGAUGCAGUCCACAAUUUGCAUCCAGCUCUAUGGGGCACACCUGGUGACCCAACCCAACUCAUCCCACCUUCAUGUAUAUAAACCUGGAGUAGCUCUCCAUCCAAUGAAGCAUUGUUUUGUUGGGGAAGGAAAGGCUAGAAGCAACAAGCAAUGUGCAGAUGCCGCCAAAGCAACUUCCAGCUUUGAUAGAGAUAUUUUACUGCCUUUGGAUUUUGUAAAAUAAGAGUUUUUAACUGUUUCUUUCCAGGUGCCUCCAGGUUACAGCAGCCGUUUCCCUUCCAGUGGCAUCACCGUACCGUAGACUUUUUUAGCAUCAGCACUUAAAGGAAAACGAUGAAAGACGAAAUUGCUGUCACCGUGUUUUUUAUCAUGCGCCUGGUGAAGAGGCACAACAAGCUGAGCAGGCAGCAGGUGGAGGUCUUUGCGUCCAAGCUGAUGACGGUCCUGGUUGAGAAGUACAAGAACCAUUGGUAUCCUGACAACCCGUCAAAAGGACAAGCCUAUCGGUGCAUCCGGAUCAACAGAUUCUCGCCAACAGAUCCCUUACUGGUUCAGGCCUGUGCAGAGAGCUAUAUAGAUUUCAACAGCCUUGGCCUUCCAAAGGAGAUGACCAUCUGGGUCGACCCGUUCAAUGUAUCCUGCAGAUAUGGCGAGAACAACCCGCCGUUCACAGUAGCUCAGUUUGAAGCGAACGAAGAGGGUCACACCAUCUCUCAGCGCAUCCGGCAGGCGGUGGACAAGGCCUCUGACUCCGGAUCGAACCCCUCUUCCGACGAGGAAGGCUCCAUCUCGGAGCCCAAGAGCAUCCCGACUGUUAGUAACCCCAACAGCGUCUACCAGUGCGGCGAACCCUUCCAAGCCUGGUCCCAAUACGCUCGCCGGAAAGCCCAGGCCCCUGACGGCGUCCUCCAGAAUCCUGCCGGCUCUUACUACUUUCAGUACAAGGCUUACAGGGCUUGCCGGCCGCUGGGCCCUUUCGCUGGCCCACGCGUGGACCGGUACCACUGGGUUAAUGGCAACCGGUAACGCCGGGACUGUGUCUUCCCCACUUCUUAGUGCCGCACGGAGUGAAGCCGUCUCCGCACCACCGACCCCACGGAGGCCGGGAAACCCCCCGAAGAGGAGCCCCUUCCGGCACUUCACUCCUGCGGACACGGACCUCGCUUCUUCUGUCCGCCGUUCCCCUUUUAUAUCCGUCUUUCCUUUUGUCUUUGUGGCCUUUUAAAAAUAUCCACUUGGCGAGGACACAUUUUUAAAGAAAGGAUGUUUUAAAUGUGUGUUUACGACGAAAAUUAAAGAUUGCACUUCACUAUGGAGAACGUAAAAAGGAAACCGAAUGACUAAUAAAAUGUGAGUUUUUAAAAACAA